AUGUCGCUCCGGGCCAUCGGUUACCUUCUCACCCGAAGCCGGAGGGGGUUCUCGCCACGCGGGAUCCCCCGUGCGCAGGCGGAGUCCUCGCUGGGUAUCCUCACUCGGGCGGGGAGGCCAGCAGCUCACUCUUUCCACUCCAUGGGUUUCGCCGUUGGUGGUGGCUCUGUUGUUGUAGCCACGGCUUCAUUGGUUGGAUUGGCGGCCACAAUUCUGUGUUUCAAGCAAAACACUGACAAGUCAGGAGCUAGGGAGGAGGAUAAGGAGGAAGUCACGAAGAAGUUACCAGCUGCCCAGGACGCCGGCAAGGAGCCUUACCUGAGCAAGGAAGCAGCAAUCGAGGCAGGGUUCGUGGACAAAGAUGGCAAGAUCCUGUGGUCUAGCUAUCUCAAUUACGUCGAACAUGGGAAGACUCUCCCGGACGAUGAGGCAUUUGCUAAGGAGGCGAGAGACUACCAAGAAGCCAUUAAGAAGCAGGAGGUGAAGGUCGAUGAGGCGACCAUGAAGGCCAGGUUCCAUGACUUGAUGAAGGAGUAUGGCCGUUCAUACAGCACUGAGGAGGAGAAGGCUCGCCGCUACGAAGUAUUCAAGGAGGCCACCCUGUGGGCAGACAAGGUUAACGCACUAGAGCCAAGGACGAUCCCUUAUGGCCCUAACGGAUAUGCAGACUUUACUGAUGAAGAGUUCAAGCGUAUGCAUUGCCAUUGUUCUGCCAUUGACUGGGAGAGAUACAUCGAUGAACUCAACACUAUGGCUGCUCGUGGGUGGACCUACUUUCGCGAUCCAGAUGCGACGACGAAUGUCAGCGAGGCAGUGAGGAAGGUAUAUAUAUUUCCCUCACUAUCAUCGCAUGUGUUUUCUUUGGGCCUGUUUAGUUCCAAAAAAACUUUUCGUAAAAACAUCAUAUCGAAUCUUUGGACA